AUGCCACGUGCUUCGAAACAAAAAGAUCCCAACGCUCCAAAACGACCAUUGUCAGCAUUCUUCAUUUUUUCACAAGAUGAACGGCCAAAAAUCAAAUCUCAAAAUGCAAGUUUAUCCGUUGCCGAUGUUGCCAAAGUCAUCGGCGAGAAAUGGCGUGCUGCACCUGACGAUUUAAAACGUAAAUACGAAAAGGCAGCCAAAGAAGCCAAAGAACGCUACGAAAUCGAAUUGCAAGCAUAUAAAAAAACACACUAA